AUGCAUCAUCGUUCGUCGCGACACCACGGGGAUGAUGCUCCUAGUUGCCACCUUCCUCGCCGCCUCGACCGUCCACGCAAGCCCUCCAACUCCUUCCCCGAACAGCUACACCUUGGCGCUCCACAAGGCUCUGAUGUUCUUCAACGCCCAGCGAUCAGGAAAACUCAGACCAUAGCCAUGUGUCAUGGCAAGCCCUCCGCCACCGGUUCUCCGACGAGUGAUCUUGUGGGCGGCUAUUACGAUGCCGGAAAUGCCAUCAAGUUCAACUUCCCUGCUUCCUUCGCCAUGACCAUGCUCAGCUGGAGCGUUAUUGAAUACAAUGCGAAAUACGAAGCUGCUGAAGAACUCACCCACAUUAAAGACGUCAUCAAAUGGGGCACCGAUUACUUCCUCAAGACCUUCAACAAUUCAGCUGAUACCAUUGACAGGAUCGUUUCCCAGGUUGGUUUGGGGAACACGGAUGGAGGAAAAGACACAACUCCUAACGAUAUAUAUUGCUGGAUGCGUCCUGAAGAUAUAGAUUACACGCGUCCCGUGACCGAAUGCCGCGCUUGCUCUGAUCUUGCUGCGGAAAUGGCUGCCUCCCUAGCCGCUGCAUCCAUUGUUUUCAAAGACAACAGAGCCUACUCAAAAAAGCUCGUCCAUGGAGCCAAAACACUCUUCAAAUUUUCAAGGGAUGUGAGAGGCCGUUAUAGUUCUGGUAGCUCGGAUGCAGCAUUCUUCUAUAAUUCCACCAGUUACUGGGACGAAUACGUAUGGGCCAGCACGUGGUUAUACUAUGCCACAGGCAAUUCCUCUUAUCUUCAGUUGGCAACAACACCUGCUCUUGCCAAACAUGCUACCUUCUCCCAGGCGCCUAAUCAAUACUGGCCUAAUCAUGGAGUAUUGAGUUGGGACAACAAGCUUGUUGGUGCUCAGGUGCUUCUGACCCGUUUGAGGCUAUUCUUGAAUCCUGGGUACCCAUACGAAACAACUUUGAGGAGAUUUCACAACGAGACCAACACAAUCAUGUGCUCAUACCUACCAGCUUUCACAAUCUUUAACAGAACAAGAGGGGGCUUGAUCCAAUUGAAUCGUGGACAUCUUCGAAGGCCGCGACCUCUUGAGUAUGUAGUCAAUGCAGCCUUCUUAGCCACUGUCUACAGUGAUUAUCUUGAAGCUGCAGAUAGCACCAAACCAGCAGGGUUGCAUUGUGGACCCAACUUCUUCUCUGUUGAUGUCCUGCGUGAUUUUGCUAAAACCCAAAUUGAUUACAUCCUUGGUAAAAAUCCACAGAAAAUGAGCUAUGUUGUGGGCUUUGGUAACCAUUUUCCGAAACAUGUCCACCAUAGAGGCGCAUCUAUUCCUAAGAAGAAGAUUAAAUACAGUUGUAAAGGGGGGUGGAAAUGGAGGGGCAGUUUAAAGCCAAACCCAUAUACAAUUGUUGGUGCCAUGGUUGCUGGUCCGGACAAACACGACGGCUUCCAUGAUGUUCGUGCUAAUUACAAUUACACCGAGCCUACUCUUGUGGGAAAUGCAGGUUUAGUGGCAGCUCUUGUUGCUUUGUCAGGAGAUCGAACAACUGAUGGGAUUGACAAAAACACCAUGUUCUCUGCAAUUCCUCCCAUGUUUCCAACUCCACCACCUCCUCCUCCAUCAGCAUCAAAACCAUGA